AUGGAACAAAUUCUAGAGGAAGACGAAGAGGUGCUGCAAUAUUUCUACGUCGCAAAAAUCGCGGAAAAACACGUCACGCUGGUGCAAACGACUCGGGAGAUGGACUUUGUCCGCGCGACGACCGUGUCAACUGCGUCUCCAUCUGCAGUAGGGGGAGAGUUUUUGUCUUCCCAUGAAAAAGAAGAGCAAGAGUUGCCUUUUUUCGCCGCGCCAAGCAACACGUCGACCGGUCGUGACCAACAGUUGCACCAACACGAGAUCAUCCUUUCCGCCUCAGACGUUGAGGAAAGUCAGUCUGAUGUUGAGGAAGUCAACCGCAGCUUUGACGCGAAUCUGGUCGGCAAGAGUUUGUGGCGAAGACCCGGAGACAGCAGGAUGCAGCGGACGCCUUAUCGCGACGCUAGGUCUGCUCCGCGAAUUGGAUUCCCCACUUCCAAGUCGAGUUUCAGUACGCAAAAUAAUGAAUAUGAAAAUUUGUUCUCUUCGAAAGACACCGUGAACACCUCUAGUGCAGCGUCUUCGAAAAUGAAUAUGAAGGACCGGAUUUUCCACGUUUACCCAAAUAGCAGCGGGUUGAUUUCUGGGCUGUUUCGGGUCCACGACGUUAUUCUCGACGUGGUGGAUAAUACGAAAGAAACGAAGGCUGGUCGCUUGGGAAUCGCCGCGGCAGUGACAGAACAGGGGGACAUUGCAAUUAUUACACAUGAAGUUGCGAAUCACUGCACCAUAACGGUGGAACAGGAUGAAGGACAGGGGCAAAAAAACAACAGACGGAAGAAACAAGCCACUGGCUCGAAGAAGAAGAAGGACAAGCCACAGAAAAAUGUGACUGCUCCGUCGAAAGUAGCUGCAAAUAAAAGCGCUGUGUUAAAAAAGCGGCACAACUACUCGAUCAACGGCUGGCAUGUGUGUCGGAUAAACACAUUAUCUCUGAACGAACUUCUAAGUUACGGCGGACCUUUUUUUGAUGCGGAGCUUGGAAAAGUUGGGAGAGAUGGCAAUCAUGCCGGCGGUGAGCCGGAGCAGGGAGAAGAUAGUACUGCUCAAGGACGAGGAAAUAACGGAGGAGCCAACUUUUACCCGAGAAGUGCAGCAGCAGCUACGAGAAACAACGUCAACGUGGUAGAAGUUCUCGGGGAAGUAGGAGCCGGUGUAGGAGCUGGUAGGAACAAGAAUCUCAACGCAGCGAUAAACCACCCUGGUUCAGUACAACCUGCGAGUGUCUUCCGUUCCCAAGCGGCGGCAGAUUUUGACGAAACGACGAUGAAUGUUGACGAAAUAGAUUAUGCGAGAUCUUCUUCUUCGUCUUCUUCCCAGCGCCCAACCUCCACAUCAACCUCGCCGCUGCAGGAAUCCAUCAACCGCGAAGUACACCAAAGGGAAAAAUUGAAAUGCGACAUUCUUUUGAAACAGGUCCUCCUCCCGAGACUCGUUCAGAGGGCGCAGCUGUUCUUAGAAGGAAAGCCGAUCUACCUGCACCAAACACUGGACGCAGAGACCGGUGCGAGUUUGUUCAUUUUGUCCUACGGGCGGGAAUUGCCAAGGCUCGAGGAGAGUAAAUUGUUUUCAAAGUUCGUGACCGACGAGGUAGAGCAGGCCGAAGAAAGUGCAGGACCGCCAGGGAAUGAUGCUGCUGAAAACAAAAAUCGCAGAUCGGGAGAAACAUCUUCAAGGAAGACGAGGAAAGCUAACAGGACGAGAGAUUCCGCAGCCACGGCGGCCGCUUCUGCAUAUCAACGGAGAUCUGUUUCCAAAUCGUCAGGAAAUAACCCCGAGGAGUUGGAACAAGAGCCAACCAGCAAAAGAAAACGCGGAAGUGCAUUGAGUCAAACCCGCCAGGAUCUACUUUUGGACGAAGAACAGCGAUGGCGAUCAGAGUCAGACAAUUAUCAAGGGGUAGGGGAAGACGAAUCAAUGGCCAUCAAACGGAACGAUUUUUCCAAGAGCUCCCUUGGAGAUGCCCGCGAAACCACCGCAACCAAGAAAACUGCGCGAAAAAGCAGGAGAAGAAAACUGCUCGCCUCGGCCGAGGCAAAAACGGUGUACGAGCUGCAGUCCACCGAUCACUUGCUGUCGCCACAGUUACUGCAGUUGCAAAAACAAGGGAGUAUUACAUUUUCCACCGCAGACUCGGCAACAGCGUUGGAGUUGACAGAGACCCACUUGCUAUCCGCUGCCACGGCGAGCAAUUCUUCCUUUUGGUCCUCGGACUCCACUGUUGGUGUUUUCGGAAGUGGCGACUUAGACCCUUUUUCCGCGUCGAGCUAUGAUUUAGAGGAGUUGAAAUUUGAAAAGGAAGCGAUUCUAAGACCAAGCAACUACGUCGAAGAUGCGAUCCAGCGACAGCAGAAGUGCAUAACGGGACUGCUUUCGUCAACAUCUACUUCGGCUCCUGCAACUACUGCAGGCGGUGGUCUGGCUUUGUCAUCUACAAGAAACCACACAAGAACGACAACGACAAGAGCCCCGGGUGCUUUGUUCAGUAGAAACCUGAAUAAGAAAAUCUUCCAAAUGAAGAGCAUCAUUCAGACCAGGCAGCAGGAGUCGCUCGGAAACAAGAUCGCGGGGGUCAAUGUCCAAUUCCCGCUUUUCUCGGUCUCCUGGAUUCACGAUAUGAAGGAGAUGUUGGCUCUCCGCGUGAAGGAAAUUACGUUGCAGUACACCCUGCCAAAACUGCUUUCGCGAGACCAAAUCCGAGCAAUGAUCACGACCAAUGCCGAUGGUGCCGCCGACGUAAAUUACAGCUAUGGGGAGGGAGCUGGGAUCAUUUUCAACCCGUAUGAGAAAAUGCAAACCGGAAAUGAUACGGGAUUGCUAUCCGUAGAAGAUCGGAGGCUGGCGAAGAGCAGCGAGGUCUGCAAAGUUGUGGAGAAGAUCGACACGAGCCUGUUUGUCGCAGGAGGAGGCUCUAAUCAGGCAGGAGGUGGACCAGAAGGCGUAACUAGCACUAGCGCGGAGAACAAAGAAAAAGUUUUCGAUAAAAACACUCCAUCGGAUAAUAAUAAUUCCCGUCUCUCCACGCUGUUGAGCCCCGCCGGCUUUUUUCUGAACCCGACCCGCCGGCGUGUUUCCACGAAGCUCCGCGAAGACUUCAAAACCUUCCACAUCCGGAAAUUGAAAACCGUUUGUACCUAUUUGCUCGAUUUCCGGAUGGAAUUAGAGCGCGAGGACGCAGCGUUGGAGCAACAGUUUUUGAGUUCUCAAGAGUCAAAAGCAACGGCGUCGUCCUCUAGAAAUCCUAUGCGGGGGUCAUCGAGUAUUCAAGCUGGCGGGAACGCGAGCUUUUACCACGCGAGCGAGAAUCUGCGGCAGUCGUGGACUAGUAGAAUCUGCAGCUGCCGGAGUAGAAGAAGAGGCACGGUGGCGGGAGCUGGGGACGUCAACACAGGUUCUUACGCAGCAGGAGGUGCCCACCAAGGACACAACAACUCUCGAGUGCUGCACUAUCGAGGAAACAAGAGUAGAAACGGUCGUCGAUCGAACAAAAACAAAUUGGAACUUCAUCUCGCGGAGAAGGCGGAGAGGGAGGCGAGACUCGCCACGGCGACCAGCACGUUAGAGGACCGCAUCCAGGAGUACUGCCCUUCGAUGCACUUCAAAAUCCAGCACUUCCAAGUAGACCACUACGCGCCGGCGGACAUUCCGGUGCUGAUCAACCGGCGCUUCCUGCACCAGAACAGCCGGCACUUCGCCGACCACGCGUUGGAUAUCACCAUGGUGUUUGCGCCGACGAAAUUGCUGACUGCGACUGAUGAGAAGGUGAACAGACAGCACGAGAAGGAAUCUGAUUUGUUCGAUAUCGACACGGGGGCUUUUAACAUAGUGGGGCAAAUCGGGGACCAGUCUGUGCUCCGACCUGGAUUGAACAAUCAGUAUCACAACCACAUCGAAUCCUCGCAUGAGGAACUCCAGCAAGACGAAGAAGCUGAGGUGCGAUUCGUGCGGGUGAAACUUGUGCCGUUGUGGUUGAAUCUGGAGUUAUCGUCUUUCCUCAGAUUAUAUGAACUGCAAAAGUAUCCUAUCGUAGUCGUAUAAAUGCAUUACAAAUUUCGUCAGCAUGAGAAAGAAAAUUUGUAAUGCAGAAUGGAAACAAGAUUUCGAUUUGUAAUGCAAGACUUGCAUUUGUACGAGUACGAUACUUUUGCACAGGAUAGAUUGUAUGAACAGGCGGGGUUGGGCGCGUUUUUGAACAACUUGAUGACCGCAACUGGGGCAGGAUCCGCAGUGAUUGGAAGUCGCAUGAGCACGGCGAACCAGAAAAACACCGACCUGUUAAAGCGGGAAGUCGCCCAGUGGGCCGCUUUGGUGAAUGAACAUAAACAGAGCACCAGUGCCGGGUCCUCUCGGAAAACAGCAGUAGAAUCAACGGCUUCCGUCUCAACAUCUCCGAAGGGAACGGGUCAUAUUAGACCUGCAAACUCGCCUAAAGGUGGGAACAAGGAGCACUUACGAUUUUUGUCCGCUGAACUAGCGGAGCUUUUAGGUGCGUCUUCUUCUAGUGUGACUGCAGCUGGUGCGACGUAUCAGGCAAGGCACCAGGAACAUGCUGGUGCUGCAAAUACAGCUGUGAUUGACAAGGAAAAUCGAUAUCACCUGUUCACGGCCCCGUCAUUAGCGGAUCACUAUCGGGGGAGUGCCAGUUUGAACUCCACUGCAGGUGUUGGCAGUGCAACAGGCUCCGCAGGUGCGGGUGCAGUGCCUCAUCUUCAGCAGAGCCACAUCCCAUCGGAUAUAGCGGACAGCCUGCGCCAAUCCUACAAUCCUAGCUUGCGUGACCGGAUGAAACACGAAUUCUACGUCCAAUCGCUGGAGGAGGAGUUUUUAGGCGAGAUAGGGAGUUCUUCGUCUCGUGGUCCUGAUGGUAAAGAUGGUAACAUCAGACGGGGUCCUGCUCUUAUUUCGCCGAGGACGGCAAGACAGAACACUAUACGAGGACUCCAUCCUACUGCUGCUGGUCCAGCUCCUUCCAGACAACUCCAUCAUCCCCUGCCAGCAAGACAAAACACGGCAGCUGCUGGGACGAGUUCCUCUUCAGGAUUUGCGUCGAGUUUGUUGAGGCGAAGGCUUGUGCUCUUCGAGCACGAUUACGAUAGACACGACUACAACAUCGCUGGUCAGCAUCAUGCUGGUGGAGGGUCUUCUCACAAUCUAGUCCGGUCGGCAACCACAUCCGCGUCCUCUGCCAGCUUGAUGAGAAUCGGGACUAACGCAAGUCUAGAACAUGCCACAAGCAACUCAUCGUCACUGAGUAGAAGUAAGACUGCGGGUGCGUUUGCUGGUGCAUCCUUCAACACGAUUGCGUCGGGCGCCGGUGUUAAUACGUCAGGCCCACGAGGAACUGGCGCCAUAGGUACACAACAACUACAGCAGAUUCGUGCUCCCCCCGUGUUCUCGAUCGCGAAACAUCACCAGCCGAAGAAGAAGGCGAAAUUAUUUCGGAUCCGGGAAUUGAUCGUGGAUCAGAUGCGCGGGACGAUCAACAUCAGGACUCCGGACGUCCAGGAUAUGAUGAUGAAUCAGGACUACCGGAAGCUGGCGAUUUUGGUCUACCUCCCGCUGGAUAUGCCGAACAUCUCGCUACAGAUCAACACGCAGAGGUUACUCAACAAAUAAGGGGCUCUCAAACGUUACAUUCUCAGCUGUUACAUGAAUUUGUCAUGCAAAAGCACCAUCAUCAUCCACACGAUCAAGCUGCUUCGCAUGACAAAUUUGCGAAGGACUAAACAGCACCUAAAUCUGCGUGGAGUUUGUGAUGCUACAGGCAACCUCCCCCAUUCCACUUUUCCCAUUCUUGCAUCACAAAUCCAUGUUGUAACACUUGAGAAUGUAACGUUUGAGAACCCCAUAACAAACUCGGAACGACGAAGGAGAUUUUGACGAUGCUGAAAAGAUAUCCCGUGCAAACGUAUCGUACUCGUAUUGCAAUCCUGCAUCACAAAUUUUUUUCUUAAUUUAGAUCAGCAUUACAAAUUUCUCAUGCUGAGGAAAUUCAAAUUUGUAAUGCAUUUAUACGAGUGCGAUACUUUUGCAAUUCAUAAAAGAUCCUACUUGAAAAACAUCCUCUACGAGACCGGCGUAGCCUUCGCGUCCUCCUACCUGUUAACCGCCUACAAGGGCGUUUACAACGGUCUGCAGUGGUUCUUCCGGGCGCCUUACGACCACAUUGUGGUGGCGUACCGCAAGGAAUUAGAAAGGAGAAUUAUGGAAAAACGGAUAAAAACGCUGCAGGACAAGGAAAAUGUAAACGCAGAACUGAAGGACUUUGAGCAUUUAUUGCAGCAGUUGGUGGAAUUGUCCAAGCACGACCGUGAUCUGCAGGAACAAUUUAUCACAGGAAAACGAAAAACUGUUAACGCUAACGGAAUUUGUGAUGCAGAAAUGCAUCCCAAAACAUGCCAAAAUUUGUCAUGCAAAGAAUGCAUGCUAGCCAAAAUUUGUCAUGCAUUUUAGCAAUCUAUGAAAACCGUUGACGUUACCACUUUUUCUUGUGAUACAACUGUCGAUAAAACGGAACUCCGUUGGUGGAACGCAAGCACUCCGGGUGUCUGGCUCGGCGGCGUCGCCGGUGCAUGUCCAGCACCAUCACAGCAGUAAUAAGAGCAGCAGCUUCCGGGGUGUGGUCGAGCAGGCUUUGGAUAAGAAAGAGCACGACAAGAAUAAAGAUUCAGCAACGGCGAAAAGCAAAACCAUCAAAGAGCAGGAAAAGGAAGCAGCGCAGAAGCGGAAGGAAUUAGAAAAACAACUCCAGCAUGAGGAAAGGCUGCUGAAAAGGAAGUUAAGGAGAAAACGAGCACUGUUUAAACUGCCACAGAUUGGAGGUAUAGGAGCUUCUUCGGCUACUGCAUCAAGUAACAACAACGCACCGACGAAUAGCGACGCUGGUCAUGAUCCCGUUGAAACAUCAAAAGCCCAGACGACAGCAGGAGGAGGAGCAUUGGCGACAAGAGGCACGAUUAGUAACGAGGAACUCCUCCAGCAAAACGACGACCAAGAGUCCGAAAUCGUAAUGAAUCUGCAGAGAAAAUUAAAGCGACGGCAACCAAAGCGUUGCUCGGCCUGCUCCACUAGGAAUUUCAUCUGUUCGAAAAGCUCACGGAGGACUUCUAUCCAGGACAAAACACUCAUCCCCAUCCAAUUUUAAUUUGUCAUGCAAAACAUGCAUAAACUCCACUCUUUGUCAUGCUACCUAGCUGGAAUGGAUGCAGAUGGUUGUUUUUUUGUGGAUAACCCCUUGGUGGAUCGUCCCCCUACAACACGGCCUUUCCGAGGGCGCUUACCGGGCGAUGACGGAGAUUAGCGGGAACAUUUUGAUCACGAUCGUGUUCGUCGCAAACUUCUUGCACAAACUCUCCCUCGGGUCCUCCAGGCAGAAAGCGAACGGGAUUUUACAAGGGAUUGUCUUCGGCAUCCGCGGGUUUUUCCUGGAUUCGUUUCUCACCCCGACCAUCCGGCUAAUCUCUUGGACGCAGAACGCGUUGCACGAUUACGGCCGUAGUGUGGCGUUUCUCUCCUUUUUGCUAGCUUUGUUGCGGAUUCCGCUGGGGCCGGUGUUUGGGUUCUUGCACCUGAUCGCGGCGGUGUGCGAGGGGCUGGCUUCGGCGUUGUUGCAAGAAGAAGCGCAAUUUGCGCUGUUCGAACCGCAGAGGACGCUGAUAUGAUUAUUGUCGUGUGGAAAUCAUUUUAGACGUAGAGGAAAAGUAGAAAGUUGAUUCUGAUCAUUCAUGUGAAACAAAGCAGGUUGAUCUUUAGCGUCGUUUCAUCUUAAAAAUUUUCAACCGGUCUUGCAAAGUGUAAUUGGUCUCGGUGUAGCGCAGAUCUGUUUAAGCAGUUUUUUUUUUAAAUGUUUUUGCUUCUUGAGCUAGUACCCUUGCGACAGGUUUUGCUGGUUGUCUUUAACGUACACAUUUAUUUUUUUUUCGAAAGGAUUUAUUAUAAGUCUUAAUUGUUAAUAGGAAAGGCCGGCGCCACGCUGCGUGACUGUUUACAAGUAGUUGCUCGGUGCAUCAUGUGAAAAAUAUUUCUUCGUGCAGUCAAGGGCUCGCGCAGCGAGCGUGUCCUUUUAGCAAAAAGCCAAAUAAACCAGAACGAAGACCAUUGCUACUAUGGGCACUCACCUAUAUAAUCUCACUGUCACUGCUACUUCUCUAUCAUUUUCAAACGGAGAACACUAGGGCAUGGCCAGCAUGUUGAAGCCCCCUCGUCUAUAUAUGACGAGUUUCCAUUUCAUUUUUUUUCUCUGUAUUUGCGUGUUAUCGCAUUGCGGCUAAGAUGAAAGC